AUGGCUGCUAAUGGAGCUGUUAAUGUGGAAACGAAGCGGAAAAUAGCAUCAGCUUUAUGCAAGUACUUUUCUGUAUCGCCGCAGUCAGAGUCAUUGGGUGAUGUGGGGAACUCUGAUGUUAAGAGCUUGUACUCCAACAUCCUGAAGUCAUCAGGAAAAUCCACUCCAUUGAAUGGACAAGAUGAGGUGAUGAAAUGGAUAGGGUUUGCAGAGAGUUUUCCUCAAGACUCUAAGGCGUGUUGUCAAGCUCUCAGCGGACUAAACGAUGAUUUGCUUGUAAAGGCUGUACUUUUGGGGAAUGGGCUCAGGCCAUCGGAAGCUGAUGUUAUUGUAUUCUCGGCCAUACAUUCUUUUGUGAUUGGCCUACCGCAGUCCGAAACCGAGAAGUUUGUGCAUGUAUUCAGAUGGAUGGAUUACAUACAGCACAGGGUAGAUUUUGGGGAACUGUUUGAGAAAAUACCAUUGGCGAAGGAUGCAUUUGUCCCACAGGUGCGAGACACCCCCAGUGUAGGGAAAUUAGAAGCGGAUCCAAAUGCUAAGAAGACUGGACAAAACACAAAGAAGGCAGAGAAGGUGGAAGCUGACCUAAGUGCGAGCAAAAUUGAACCUGAGAACUCAAAGAAAAAAGUUCAAGCAAAGAAGGAAUCUAAUGAGGAGAAGAAGAAACCCACGGAGGACAAGAAGAAACCAGCCACUACAGAAGUUGUAGAGAAAGAUAAAGAAUUGAGUGUUAGUUUGCUUAAUAUACAGGUUGGCCUUAUCCGCAAAGCAUGGAAGCAUCCAUCAGCUGAUAGUUUGUUGGUUGAGGAAAUUGAUGUUGGGGAAGCCAAAGUGAGGCAGGUGGUUAGUGGUUUGGCAAAGUAUUAUAGUCCAGAACAGUUAACGAAUCGGCGUGUUGUGCUGAUUGCAAAUGUAAAGCCAGGAAAGCUCCGUGAUGUGAUGUCAGAAGGACUGGUUUUAUGUGCUUCAAGUGAAGACCACACUGCUGUGGAACCUCUACUGCCUCCUGAAGGUGCCAAAAUUGGAGAACGUGUAUCAUUCUCAGGGAUCGAAGGUAAGCCAGAAGAUGUGCUCAACCCGAAAAAGAAGCAGUUGGAGAAAAUAACACCAAAUCUUUUUACUGAUGACAAGGGCGUGGCAACAUUCAAGGGCAUACCUUUCAUGACUUCUGGUGGGCCUUGCACAUCAUCCAUCUCAAAGGGAACCAUCAAAUGA